AUGGCGAAUUAUUCAUGGUCAAGCGGUGAUGGGAAUCACCAAAAUGCGUACUUCGGAAACUCCAUGACGUCGCCGGGAAGCUCAGAGAUGAAACACCAGUCGGGAUCUGCCAUGUAUUGGAGCUCCGAAGAACAAGCAAUUCUCGAAGAUGGUCUUGUUAGAUAUUCGUCGGAGCCGAUUAUUUCACGUUACGCGAAAAUAGCGUUAGAGCUUCAGAAUAACAAGACCAUUAGAGACAUAGCUAUGCGUUGCAGAUGGAUAAAUACGAAAGACAAUAACAAGAGAAGAAAGGAAGUCCACGAGGUGUCGGGAAGAGCCAGAGUUGACAAUAAGGAGAUUAUUGAUAUGGUUGUGGCUUCAAACUCAGCUACACAUUUUCUUAGAGAAGAAGAUGGGAUCGCCAGUGAGCUUCUUAAACAGAAUGAGCAACUCCUCAAUCAGAUUUCUGCAAAUCUCACAUUCUCGAGGUUAACAGAAAACUUGACACUCUUCCACAAAAGCCGAGAAAACAUCAGGAAACUUCUCACAAAUUUGACUGAGAAUGCCCCGGAGCAGAUGAAGCAUAUGCCACCAUGGCCGGAGAAAUUGAGAGAAGAUCAUGAUGAGCUACUUGAUUCAAUCCUUCCUCCCUCACAUCUACCAUGA